GGGCCUGCUGCGGAUCGGAGCGGGUCGGGUUGGGGCGUGUGGCUGCGCUGCGUCGGCGAUUCUCCCGGCGAACCAACGACGCCAGCCACACCCGAGCGAGCGGGGCAGAGAGGGAGCGCGUGGACGCGGCGCCCACCUCAGCCUGAGGGAUCGAAGGGGGGCCUUCCCGUCCGCGUGGCGGCGCCUCUCGUUUUCGGCUCCCUGAGGAGGGAUUUCUUUUCGUUUCGUGCGGCGAGUUCUUGGCCGUUUUGGCAGUUUACCCGGUUUCUUCUUCUUGGGGAUUUUAGUCUGUCCCCCACCAGAUUGGCUUGCGUUUCGGUUGGUUUAGGUGAAGCCUACUGUAAACAGCAGGACGCCGUGAGCGUGAGGGAUGGAGCACUGCUAUUUGAGGCAGCCCCUCUCAAGGGCUGAAGCUAUGCCCGAGAGGAGGUCCAGGUUCUGGCCGAUGGAUUCGCCGCCGACGCCCCGUGCAGAGGUCAUCUGCCCCCAGCCUCGCCGCGCCACCCGCAUUCCGUACGCUGUGGAAACCGUGAACAGAGCCAGCCCCAAGGCGAACGGUGCAUUCCCAUUGUACAGAUCAGACUCCACUUCUGAUGUACUUGAUCUUAUCCUCAGUAAGAAUGACCCAGAUGGAUAUUCGAGCAGCCAGGUGGGCUUUUUAUGUGGCUCGCCUCCAGUACGCACUAACAACCCUGUCAUCCAUGAUCCACUGUUUGGUGAAAGAGUACCAUCCUUUUCUCCUUUAGGAAGCUCCUUUGGCAAAACGCUAGCAGGAAGAGUUGAAGUAGGUUCUCCAUCUUGCGGCGUUAGCAGCAGCCCAAAAGUAAGAAUAGAAGGUUUUGCUUGUGGGAACUCGGAGACCCACUAUGCAGUUACCUUUGUCUGAGCAUUUUGUUGUUCUGUUUCUGUUUCCGCCCUUUGCUCCUGGGUAAUCACUAUGGCGGUGCAGGAUAUAAGUAGUACCUUUAAGCUAGCCUGAUUAGAGUUGCCUUUGCCCUUCAGAUUGUGGCAUUUGAAGCUGCACAAUCGCAGUGAGCUGUAAGAUGUAUAUAAACGAGGUGCCCGCAUAUGUAACCAUAUGAUGUAUGUGUCUAGUAAGCGUAGCUGGAGUUCCAGUGUUUGAUGGAUGAUGAGUCUGUGAAUAGAUCGGUUUUUUGCAUUUGAAAGCAGAAGAUCCAACAUGAAGUUUUCAGUUAUUAUGAAUUUA